GCAGCCGCGCCGGGCUCUGGUUCCUCCAAUCACUGGGCGAACCACCAGCAGGUAGGCAGAUGUCUUUUCCCGUUCCUAAGGACGCAGUGGAAGGUUCGGUGCGCCCGAGUGAGCCGCCCAGGGCCCACCUCCCGGCGGCUUCCGAGCUGCGCUAGCGGGGAGGGGAGGGGGGAAGAAGGACGCGCCGGAGAAUGUAAGCUCCGAACCCGGAAAGAUUGCCUGCGCAGACGGCGCCGCGGAGCCCGGGCUGCGCGCUGCGCGCCGCGGUUUGAAGGCGCCACGCAAGACCGGCAGCGGCACCUGGAUUCGAAGGCAGCGGCCCGAGGCCCCCGCCCCAGGAUCUCCACCGCCCCGCCGAGGGGCCUCGGCGCCCAGGCGUCGGGCAGCUCGCGGCGUGCGCCCUGGGCCUCUCCGCCGUGCGCGGGGCCGGGGUCCGCUAAGGAAGCUCGAACAGUACAAGGCGCUGUUUUGACCCCCUCCCUGCAACCUGCCAAAAAAAGAAGCAAGCCAAGGGCUGGAGUGAACCCUUAGGGAAACUGAGUGCGGGGCCAGGGCAAGUUAGAUCCCCGCGCCUGCGGGGGCGAUGGCGGACAGCGGUGGCUCCAACCCCUGGUGGAAAUCACUAACCAACAGCAAGAAGAAAAGCAAGGAAACCACCAUGGAGGCGCAAGCUCCGUCCCAGACGGACCCAGAUCUCGAAGAUCCCCUUUCCCCCAGCCCAGACUGGACUAGCAGCUCCCAAGAGAACCAGCACCCCAAUGUUCUCGGGGGUACUGGUGAGACCCUCAAGGCAGACAAGUUGUGUGGGGAGAAAUCAGGCAGCAGCCGCCGCAAUUUGAAGAUCUCUCGUUCUGGUCGCUUUAAGGAGAAGAGGAAAGUGCGUGCCACUCUGCUUCCAGAGGGAGACAGGUCCCCUGAGGAGGCCGACUUUGCAGUGGACCCGCAGGAGAGCAAGCCGUAGCCUGAGCCAGCUCCAGGACUGUGUCUCUCCCCACCCUUGCCCUCACAUCAGUUCUAAACUCGAGAAUUCUACCUGCCCGGCACUUGGUGUCUCUCUCACACCACGAAAUUCAGAGUAUUUCACACAAAGACCUCCCCGUGAUUUAUUUUUCUGGAAAUUGAAGUGUCUCUUGAGCUUUGCAUAGUUCAAGACUCAGAAGUGCACUAAGUAUUUAUUUGUGGCAAAAGAAGAUACCUUCGUUGAGGAGUUGGCAUGAUGUUGGUUUUUUUUUCUUCUAAAAGGCAGUUUGAGACCUGACCCUCACUCUGGUCACUUUGAGAGUGAGAUGGGUAUAUGGGUUCUUCUCUCAGAGACAGUAAGUACCUGAACUUCAACUCUGAAGUCUCUUGUAGGAGGAAGAUGAGUUCCUAAUGUGUACUCUGGAGAACAAAUCAUAGUGCUGUUUUGUGACCAAGAAAUGCAGGUUAGGGUCUGACCCAGAAUUUAUGCUUUCAAGUGAAGGAAGAGGGGAGAAGAACCAUUCCUAAGUUAGAAACUUCUUGAAGUAAGGCAGGAUUGUUUCCAAAGUGGAAUUGCAAAACGAAUCUGCCUGGUUUAGUGUGGACUAUUAAAAUUGUUGCGCUGUAAGA